AUGGUAGCUGAUUGUCAGUGCCAUGAAACUCCGGGCAACCAGGAGUUGGAAAUAUGGGAAAUAAGUAGCAGCAGUUUGGAGAUACCUAGUCGUCCUCUGGUUUGGCUGGAGGUGAUGAAUAAGGCUUAUCAACAAGCUGGUUCAGUCUCCUACUUUGACGGCAAAUCACAGUGCAUCACUAAUUUUGAUGAGAACAAACGCAUGCAAAUGUUGCAACCAAUACUCAUACACGUCCGGUUACCUCCGAUCGCAAACGAAGUAGAAAUUACUACUGACGAAGGA